UGACAUUUUAUUAUUUCAAGACGCGAAGUGCCAGCUGUUCAAUGUUUAUUGUUUUCCUAGUUUAAUGUUUUGACUUCUUGUUGAUUUCCGUUUAAAUAAAACAACAUACCAAUAACCAAAGUAGUGUAUGGUAUUUAGUAUUUCUGCCACAGGGUUUAAGUUAACUUGUGCAUAUCACAAAGCAUAGUUCUAUGUAACUGAUUAGAAAUUGGUCACAAGCGUAGGCUUGAGUGAUAUGAUCAGACAAACAAACACAAUCACCACAAAUUAAGUUAAAACAGUGACCUAUAAUCAAGUUAUAUAAUUAAUAAACAUCUAGAAACGUCUAACAUGUUUUCAAAGGUAAAAUAUGUCACAAAUAGAGGCAAAGUUGAAAGAGUAUAGAGCACUUAGAAAACGACAACAGUUUAUAGAUAAUAUCAAACAAAAAUUGGACAACUCUAAAGAUAAGCUCAUUAACUUUUUAGUUUCAAAAUCAGUUGAAAUGGACAAAAAGCAAGAAGAAGUUAUAUUGUUGGAAAGUGAGGAACAUCCACUAAAUAAUAUCUCAAAAUCUGUACUUGAAGAUACAGUAGAUUUAACAUCAGAAACUAGUGAAGUUGAAUAUAAUGAAGAAAAUCAAGAAUCAUGGCGGUAUUGUAUGCUAAAAUGGUCAAUAUAUGGUGUUAUUUGGUUAACCUUAUAUAUUAUUUUUCUAAAUCUACAGUUUGGUGCAGUAUUUUUUGUUAUAUCAGUACUUAUUGGUAUUUAUUUAAAUACAAGUACAAGACCUAAAAGGAAAGGUGAAAUUUCAGCAUAUAGUGUUUUCAAUAAGAAUUGCAAAAGUAUUGAUGGUACACUAAAAGCAGAACAGUUUGAAAAGGAAAUUAGAUACGGUGCUGGAACUGUUCGCUCAUUUUAAGCAAAUUGUAUUGUAUUAUUUUUAUAUGUUGUAUAUUAUAAAUUAAUAUAAAUAAAACUAAAUAAUUUUUUUUAGGUUUUAAUUAUCACAUAAAUAUCUAACAAGACCUAUUUUAAUAAUAACACAAAUAACAAUUCAGUAAAAGAAACUGUAUGUUGUAGAUUUAAAAAAAUAUGGAAGUCAACUGUGUCAUGAAACUUAUGGUAGUGUUUAUAAUAACUUUAUUUCCCAAGAGAAUCAGAAAACACUGCUUACUAAUAAUUAUCAUACUAUAGCAACAAAUAUUUUUUUGUCCAAGAAAAGCUUUAUGUAAUAACUGCUAGCUAAUAAAUAGUAUGUAAAUGUAUGACAGGC